AUGGAAGUGGUAUACCAUUCACCGAUUAAGGCGACCGCAGCCAAGGAGCCCCCCAAGGCUGCUCCCACUGUCUCGGUGUCGCCCAACCCUCCUGCGCUGAAAGUCAUCAUCGUAGGCGGAGGCAUCGGUGGGCAGACAGCAGCCAUUGCUCUCCGCCGACAAGGUCACAGUGUGAAAGUCUACGAGCAAUCUCGCUUUGCCAACGAGACGGGUGCCGCUAUUCAUCUUGUUCCAAAUGGUCUCAGUGUUCUUCAUCAACUUGGCGUGCGGGCAGAGGAUCACGGAGCCAACGAAAUCAUCAGCACAAGGCUUCGGAAGCAUUCUGGGGAGAUAAUGAAGGUCAUCGACCACUACAGCCAAAGAGACCGCUUCCAGGAGAACUGGCUUCUAACCCAUCGCGCGCACCUCCACGAUCAUCUCAAGGCCGUGGCCACUUCUGCCGAAGCCCCUGGCAGGCCAACCGAGCUGUUGUGCUCAUCAAAGGUUCAGCGCGUAGACGCGGAGAAGGGCAUCGUCUAUCUCGCCAACGGCCAAGAAGACCAAGCCGACGUCAUCAUUGGAGCCGACGGCGUGCACUCCGUGUGUCGCAUUGCAGUAUGCGACCCUGCUCCGGCCCCCCACCCGUCAAAGGACUGUACCUUUCGGUUUCUCCUGGACCGUGAAGAGGCCGAGAGUGAUCCCGAGACGGCCCCACACGUCAAUCCGCAAGUGAGUUUGGAUAUCUGGUACGGGUCCGACCGCAAGGUCGUCAUUUAUCCCUGCUCCAGGAACAAGAUCCUCAACUUUGUUUGUAUUCAUCCCGCAGGAUUGACCGAAGACAAGCUUGAUAUGGAGGGCGAAGCACUCAAGCAGGAGCUGUUGACCGUAUACGAGGGAUUCCACCCGGGUCUGCUCAAGAUGCUUGACAAAGUGAGCCCUUCGGCCCUCAAGAUUUGGCCGUUGCUGGACAUGGAGACCUUGCCCCGGUAUAAUGUUGGUCGUCUGGCACUCAUCGGAGAUGCAGCUCACCCUUUUCUCCCUCACCUGGCCCAGGGCGGCGCAAUGGCCAUCGAGGACGGUGGUUCACUUGGUGUCAUGCUGCGCAAGGGAACCACGGCGGACCAGGUCCCUGAACGGCUGGAGUUGUUCAACAAGGCCCGCUACGAAAGAGCCACCCUGUGUCAGGAGCUGACGCGACUGACUGGCGGAGACGGGAUCAAGUCCACCGAGUUUGACCCCUCGAAACUCAACUUGAACAAUACUCUUGAUUACUUCCUGCCGCACGACGAAAUACAUGCCUCCACCCAGAUUCUGAGGCAGCACCUAUGGAAGAAAGAAGAGUCAGCUCGAUGGAGGCAGCCCAUUGUCUUCGGGCCCAUGCCCGGUCCACGCAACAUCCCCCAAGAAUGUGCCGUAGGUGGACUGCCUUCAACAGUCACAACUGCCACGGUCAGGUUCAAGACAAGCGCAACGCUUCUCAAGAACCUCUUCCCAAACGAGGCAUACAGCUUAUCCCAGAGCGAUUCUGUUGGGCAAAUGAGCAUCGUGGUGCAACAGUUGCGAAAUCUGGACUGGUUGGGUGGCGGUGGGUAUAACCUGCUCAGCCUCUACCUCCACGACGUUCAGUACACCAAGAAGGACGGCACAAAGUUGAACGGUUUCUAUUGUCCUGUUACCUUCGAAGAUUGUGCCGACCCCAUAAUCGCCGGUCGGGAGGAUCUUGGAUGGCCCAAGCUGUUUUCGGAGAUUGACGUCCAGCAGCCCUCGGCGGGAAUCAUGGAGGUGUCUCUGUCAUGGCGCGGUGCCAAGUGGGCAUCCUUUUGGUUGCGUGGUCUCCAAGAGAAGGGUACAGAAGCGGCGGACGACUCUUCUAACACUGCCACGCCGCCAGAAGAUGGUAUCUUCCUCCAUAAACACGUCCCGGGCAUUUCUGGUCGGUUCCAUGAGGCAGACGCCGAUUAUGAUGUAUUCAUUCCGAAACCGUUUGGGAAGGACAUGUCAGAGAGACACGCGAGCAGGGACAAGCCGGUAAUGCUGGUAGCCGAGGAAGCGGGCGUGGAGUUCAUCCCACUGGGCCCGAGCAAGCUUCCCACCAUUCAUCACAUCGUGAGCCGCAUCGCCGAGUUGCCCAACCUUGGGAACACAGUCGGCACCUUGAAGACCGAAAUGGGAAUGAGGGACUUUUCGGGCGGCUAUCGGCUGGAAUGAUGGUCUUCUUAUUGCGAGUGAGUCGGUCUGCCUGCGCCAUGGAUG